CCAGAAACAUCUCAUUCAUAUCCACUCCUCCACUGCAUCCUUACAAGUAAAAUAGAAGUGAAGAGAUGGCGCCUGGUCCUACGAGACGUAAGAAAACUGUCAAGAAGGGAGUCGGUUUGACCUUGAUGGUGGUCGGUGCCUCUGGUACGGGUCGUACCACCUUUGUCAACACCUUAGUCGACCAAAAGGGAUGGUUGCCACAUGCCGAUUCGAGCGACCCGAUUGCGGCUGCUGAGGGUACCUCUCACAUUAAGGUAGAGAAGAAGACGAUCGAGUUAGACGAAGAUGGGGUGACGAUCCGGCUGUCGGUAUGCGAUGCUCCUGGGUUUGGUGACAACAUCGACAACGAAUCGGCCUUCUCUACGAUCAUUGGAUAUCUCGAGAAACAGUACGAUGAUAUCCUGGCCGAGGAGUCCAGGAUCAAGCGGAACCCUAGAUUCGAAGACCAACGCAUCCAUGCCUUGCUCUACUUCAUCCCCCCCACCGGUCACAGUUUGAGGGAAAUCGAUAUCGAGUUGAUGAGACGUUUGUCUCCUCGAGUGAACGUCAUACCGGUGAUCGGUAAAGCGGACACAUUGACUCCAAGUGAAUUAAAGGGCUUCAAGGCCAGAAUCAUGCAAGAUAUUGAACACUAUUCGAUUCCGAUUUACAACUUUCCGUUUGAUGCCGAAGAGGAUGACGAUGAAAUAGUAGCUGAAAACUCGUCUUUAAGAGCCUUAUUGCCGUUUGCUCUUGUAGGAUCCGAACAUGAAAUCGAGGUCGGAGGCGAACUGGUGCGAGCUAGAGAGUAUCCUUGGGGAGUGGUUGAGGUUGACAACCCCGCUCACAGCGAUUUUUUGCGCUUGAGGACGGCCUUAUUAUCGACUCAUUUAACCGAUCUCAAAGAAAUCACUCAUGACUUUUUGUAUGAGAAUUACAGAACGCAAACCUUAAGCAGAGGAGAUGCCGACCAGAUGGAUCAAUCGAUCCAGCCGGAAGACAUGGCCAACCAAUCCUUCAGAUUGAAGGAAGAGCAAUUGAAGAAAGAAGAAGAAAAGCUGAAGGAGAUCGAGUUACGCGUCCAACGCGAGAUCAGUGAGAAGCGUCAAGAACUCUUGGCCAAAGAGGAAAGUCUUCGGAACAUGGAGGCUCGUUUGGCACAUGCUUCGAUUGGCCCCUUAGAAUAAACAGUAGAGGAGGGAUGGGGAUGAGAUAAUAGUUGGGAGGACAAUUUUGUAUAACUAUCUCAAACGUUUUCUUAUUUUUAUUUCAAACCAAACCUCAACAUGUACAGUGCUUCCAAUUCUACGUUUCUAACUUUCAACGCUCUUCUUUCAUAGAGCCGGUGUUUCAUUCCUUUAAUCAUACUUGACUGAUUGAAUCCGUCACAUCAUCAGUCACUCCUGACAACCUCACCCGUCUCC